AUGUCUCGAUGUCGACGACCACACAGUCGAAGCGAUCUCCUCCACCUGGUGCCACCAAACUUCACAUCCCUGCUAGUCACAUCGCUGCCCCUCACGGAGUCUGCCAGGCUUGCCGCUAGUCCCAUCCCGAUGAGCUUCGUUCGUUCUCUAAUUUUGUGGUGCGCUGUCGUCUGCCUCACUCUCAGCUUUGUUCUCCAAGAUCUUCCGUUGGAGAGAUUCGAAAGAGGAUAUCCAGAGCUAGCAUUCGAGCGAACUUCUCGCUCCGCACAUCCUAUCCUCUUCUACGACAGAUAUUUAAAUCGAAUGCGUGGAUUAUGA